AUGAAGUUCUUCACGCUCCUGACCAUGGCCACGGCCGCUUGUGCCGCCACCAUGCACACCAGCCACGCGAAGCGUCACUCCAAGAAAUCCGCCAGGAGGCACGCGAAGCGCCAGUGCGGCGCCGGCGGAGGUGCCGGCGGAGCCCCCGGCGUUGGUGCCCCGGCGCCCAUCUUUUCCGAGGUGCCGACAGCCUCCAUCACCCCCGACGCGCCCCCGGCCGCCACCUCGGCCCCCGCCGUCGAGACACCCGAUGCGCCCGUCCCCGACGCCCCCGAGGCCGCGCCGCCCGCCGCCAACGGCGACACGCUCGUCCUCUUCGAGAUUGGCGGCGUCCCGGGCAACGAGUGCCUCACCUUCCGCAACAACGGCGAAAUCGUCAACGCAGCCUGCGUCAACGAGGCCGCCGACAGACAGGUGACGCCGUCGACGCAAAACGGCACCCCCGUCCUCGUCGUCCAGCGCGCCUUCAGCGCCGGCUUCCGCCCGGACCUCGUCGGCGUGCAGGCCUGCGUCGGCUUCAACGGCACGCACUUUCGCGCCGAGGACUGCGCCGCCGGCGCCAACGGCGUCGAGCUCGUCGGCUUCACGGGCACCAAUGUCGUCGCGAGCGGCGGCGCGUGCCUCGACGGGCACGACGAGCGCGCGCAGGUCACGGUGGAUGUCGCGGGCAACAACUGUGCCGUGUUUACGCCGACUGUCGUGACGCCUACUGCGCCGUAG